AUGUUCGGGAGGCCGAGAUGUAGAGAGUGGACACCUCUAGCUACCCAACAGUUAAGAUUACGGAGUUUGAUACAGGUUGUCGGCUACAACAUCAGGCCGCCUGAAUGGUGCACUUUACCAUGUAGUUUCUACAUUACCUUGCAUCACACCACUAUGUCUGCUCCUUUCUACACCAGUGAACGGAUAUCCUCGCCUCAUCCUAAAUGGAAGGAGAUUGAUUCAGAGACUACUCACCGAGUGUCGUCAGCGAAUGUUGUUAUCCGAAUAUGGUGUCAUGUGUUACAUUCAAGUGACGAAACCACCAAACAACUACAGGAUACCAUAAUUCAAACAUGGGGAGUGUACUUCAGCGGUCUCAGAUAUAUUGGGGCUAAUCUUGCUUCCAAUUUCACGUCGGAUUGUUUCAAAAGCAAUACUUUAGUUUUUCAAAUGCAUGGUGGCUAUUUCUGCUCAUAUAAAAGUCUUAAACUAGAUGUUAUACCUCCCGAAAAUGAAAUAGAACAUGGUUCUUUGUCUUCUGACUCCUCAGGAAGAACCAAUUUAUCAAAAAUUACCUUAGAACCUAAGCAUAUACUAAAUCAUAAAUUAGUCAAAGAAUCACGAUCAAUUUCUCCAAGUAAAUACACUAAGAAGUUCGAAAAAGAAUAUUCUAAAAGUCAUAGCCCUGUUGAAAGAGGUUUUCAGCAGUAUUUUCCGACGUUGAAAACAUCUAAUAGUUUAAAUAUUAGCCAGAGUCAAAGAGGUUACAGGCGGAGAGAAGAAAAUACAGAAGAAUCUAAGAGUGAUCCUAAUUAUAUUUAUGAACACUCACCAGAAAAUUUAGACGUUAAAGAAUUCGCAGGUGGUAUUUUUUCCCAAAACACAUCACAAGAAGAUUUAUCGAGUAAAAUAGAUCUUAGCGAAACAGCUGAGAGUUAUGACUUAAGGAGUGAAGCCGACGGUGUGCCGAAGUACAGAUACAUGGCACUAAGUUUCUUAAAAUCCGAGAUAAGGCCUAGUUAUAAUGCUACAAAGCUACAGCAACUUCAUUUGUUACAAUACUCAAUUAAAAAGAGGCAGGAAGCUGUUCAAGAGAUAAAAGAGAGAAUUUACAACAAAUCUGCUUUGACGAACGAAGAUUUGAAUCAGCAUGAUGAUUUAUGUGAUGUUAGGUUGAAAUUUAAGAGUAGAUCUCAAAGAAAUCUGUUUUCACCAGACGAUGAUAGUUUAAGUAAGGAUAAAUCGACGUCACAAGUGGACUUGAGAGCGAAGAACGGGAAAAUAAAAGAGGAUAAGCCUAUCGUGUCCAAUGGGUCAAGGCUGACGUUCUCCAAAUUGAAUGAUCUCUUAUCUUAUAAGUCAAAACCGUCUCCAUUUCAAAGAGCAGAACAUGUAAGGCUGACAAAACAACUAGAAAUAUUAAGGUUCAAACGCAUCAUAUUGUCCGAUGAGAGAGACGCUAAAUUGGCAAGCAUCAGGAAGUUAAAAGAGAGACGUACAAAAUUGUUCGAAGAGAAUCAGGACGUGGGUGAGUGCACUGAGUUGAUGCAAAACUACCACUCGUUGUCCCGUCGCAGUGAGAACGUUAAGGAGACGCGACAGUGUAUGAUAGCAGUGCGCGAACUAGCAGCUAACUCACAUCACGCACUUUGUGCCCAGCGGUGUGAACUGCUGACUCAACUGCACCAGAUAUUUUACAUUGACCAGAAAGACGCAACGACAUGGACAAUUUGCGGUGUCCCGCUAGCGGUGUGCGGGGACGAGAACCUCCGCCCGAACGCCAUCAGUGACUCCGUGGCCGCGGGGUUCGUGGCGCAGGCCACGUGUCUAGUGGCAACCCUGCUCAACCAACCGCUCAGAUAUAAGGUCACCUUGUUGGGAUCUGCUAGCAAGAUACUUGAUACCACUCCAGAUUUACCUGAUCCUAAUAUCCCAUUGUUUCCUCGCGGCGGUGACACUACACUAUUUCGCUAUGCGCUAUUCUUACUGAACAAAUGCAUAGCACAGCUGAUAGUCGGUCGAGGCUUGCCUUUGUCAGACAUACGACCCACACUUGCCAACCUACAGAGAUUGCUCACAACUCCUGUUAAUAUGUCGGAUACUACAAAAUUGUAUGGCACUUACCGUUGGCUGGUCGACAGUCAGUGUCCCCGUACUCAAUCGUUAAGAAGCCUCGUUGCGUCCGAACGUUGCAAAUAUCGACAAUUUAAUCGGUUUAAGGACUCCGUGGACGGCCAAUCUCUACAAUCCGCUUUGAAUUUAAGAAGACACAGACAUUCUCGCAGCGUCGGGAGUUAUCACGACGACCAGGAGCUGCCCACUCUAGAGGACUCGACGACAUCGAUAAUGGGCAGCGAAUCCAACAUAUACAACAUGAAGCUAACGCAAGUCGAUUCCUCAGACUUGCCUCACAGCCUCAAAUCUCACAACUCAGACUCAGAGAUCAUCAGAAUCAACAAUCCAGAAGAACGUCAAAGUCCAUCUAAAGUAAUGUUCACUUUAGGCGAUAAUUCGACUAUCGAAGUGAACACUAAACUUGUCAGAACAUCGACUAAUAACCAGGACGAACUAACAACUAAUAUAGACGAAAAUGUCAAAAAGAUAUGUUCUGAAAUAUCAGAUUUUUGCUCAUCAGAAAUCGCAGAAGGUGUAGAUAUAGCCAAACAUUUAGAUUUAGAUAAAAACGUUGAAGAAAUUAAUAUAGUUAAAUAUAUGGAGAGGAAACUGAGUGAAGAAUAUGAGAGUAAUGGCAUUGAAGGUGACAGUGAGCGUGGUCGAGCUCACGUUACUGAUGUUAUAGUUAUACCCAGUGCGGAAGCCAUUUUGGAUACUGGACAAGAUAAGAGUCGGAACGACGAACAAAUUCAAUAA